AUGGAAAGCGUGGCGCAUUCUCGGCAACGAAACAAGGUUGCGGUUACGCUUUCCAACAAGAUCAGCAACAAUGGGGGCUUCGCCGGUAAGAGUCUAUACGACGACGUCUAUGGAGGUCCACCGAAGUUCGGCGUCUCCAGCCUCUCGCCUCGUUUCGAAGACUACAGCGAGAUUUUUGGAAGCUUCCACACCGCACGCGCCUCUUCUAUUCCGUUGCUGGAUCUUCCGGUGGUCCAUGAGACCGAGGUCUUCUUCGAUCCCCGAAGCGACGCUUUCAACUAUACCGAAGUUUUCGGUGCUCUAGAUUUUGCGGUUCCGUACGAUAAUUUGUUUAACCAAACCGGUGGUUUGGACGGUGUCUCCUUCGAAGAAGCCUGGACUUCAGCAGAAACUGAUUCAUUCUCUGGAGAGUCAGAUCAUUCUGCUAAUAAUAAAAGCAUGUCAAAUGGAGAUCUUUUCCAUUCUGUUGAUGGUAAUACAGAGUUCAGCAUUUCGUAUCAUAAGGUCAAUGGUACAAGCAAUGAACAUAUGUCAAAGGGGAAAACUCAAAUGAGUCAGCUACAUGCUGUUCAUGCUUUCAGUCUAGUAUGUGAUGAAACCACACAAUUACAUACAACUGAUCCAUUCUUUCAGGUCGCUGAUGAUAUUGAUCUUGAUAUGGAAUUUAGUGCAGACAAGGUGAAGGGAAACUACCUGAGGAAAACAAUGCCACAUCUGCGUAAUUUUUCCUCAGGGGAAAAUACUUUUGGCAGUGAUGUAAAUCUCCACAAUGGAUGCAGCAAAAAUUACUCUCGUUCCAGUGAGACGUUCUUAACUGUGUCUGACAUCAGCCUCAGAAGUAUGCCAUCUCAAGUUCCUCCCCCCUCUCGUCCACCUCCUGUCCUAGAUCCAAAAAAGGGGGAUAACUAUAAAUUUCAUUCAAACAGUAGGCUGGUUGCUUCCAAAGAGACACCAGGUGUCAGUUCACCGCCUUUCUUUGAUGUAGAGGUUGAUAAUAAUUCAUCUGUGGCAGCUUCUGCUGAUGCUAUGAAAGAAGCUAUGCAUAGAGCUGAAGCAAAACUUAAGAGUGCCAAAGAAUUAAAAGAGAGAAAAAAGGGGGUUCAUGAAAGCCUUGUAAAAUCAAGUUAUGAUGUAAAAAACAAUGAAGCAAAGAUGAGUAAAGAUAUGACUAGAUUAAAUAGUUUGAAUGACGAGACAAUGCAGGAAAAUUAUGAUAGAAGGCAUUCCAAAACGAAAAAUUCUGUACCAGAUGAAAUGCAGAAAGCUAGGGAAGCCUCCACUGAAGCUCUGGAAGUAUUAGAAGGGAAAAGAAUUUUGAACAUGGUUGAGGAAAAUAACACGGAAUCCAGUUCAUCUCAAGAAUUGGAUAGAAGUAGUGGAGUUGGGACAUGGAAAGAAGAAUCUGAAUUUUUUGAAUUAGUGGGAACAGAAGAAUCUGGAAUGGUAAUUCAGCCCACAAAGCAGACUAAGAUUUUGGUGCAAGAUAUCAGAACCCAAGAACGUGGCUGGAAGGAAAGAGAAGCAUCCAAUAUGCAGGAAAAGUAUAAAAAAGUAGAAGCAAUUGAAGAAAAUUAUCUGGGGGAGGAAUAUGAGAAAAAAUCUAAAGCAGCAAAAGAGGCUUAUGAACACAAUGAAAACAUUAUGAGGUCUGAAGCAUCUAAUGAGAAAUGGAGACAAAGGGAACAUGUGAAGGAAAAAGUGGCAGAAAUAUUUGAGCCAGAAGAGAAUGAGAAGAAUAUGAGAAUGGUCCACCAGCAUGGGAAAACAGAAAAGAAAAUUACUGAAGCUGACCAAUCAGGAAGGUUAGACGAUGUGUCUGAGAUGGUUCACGAGGAGCAAAAACAAGUGGAGAUCCGGAAACCCAAAGAGGUUGAUAGACAAACACCAAAUGAAGUUCAGUUGGGCAUGAGGCUUAAUGAAAAUGAGAAGAAACUAAAAGAUGUUGAAAAGCAACAGCAGAGUGUGAAAAGGCACAAGCAUUCUGCAAAAAUGAAAGAAAAUGGAAAAACACAGAGAGAAGAUUUUGCUAUAGGGCAAGAUGAGAAUCAGAAAAAACUGAAAGAUUCUAUGGAGCUGGAAGAUAUUGAUGAAAGAUCAGAUGAGGCUUUUAAGCCGGACAGCACAGAAGAAAAAGAGGUUUGCAGAAGAGAAAAUGAGAUGAGAUUAAAACUAGCUAAACAGAUUCCAAUCGUGAAGGGACUGAAAGAGGCUCGUGAAAGAGUAGAAGCUGAGACCAGCCUCAAAGGUUUUUCUAAAAAUGAAGAAAGUGGUGAGGGCCUAAAACGUGCUUUUGGGUGGGGUGAGAAUGACAAGCAACUUAAAGAAGACUUUGAACUGGAAGUAAAUGAGAUAAGACUAAAAGAGGCUUUUGAGCAGAGGGAAAUACACGAGAGGAAAAACAAUGCAUAUGAAAGAGAUCAAAAUAGAAAGAAAUUUAAAGAGGUUUGUGAUGAGUAUGGAGAAGAAAAUAGACUUCAAGAAGCAGGUGACAACAAAGAUAUUCAAAAAGUUUUGAAUCAAGCUCCAGAGAAAGAAUGGAAUGAUGGAACGUUGAAUGAGGCUCAAAAGAAAAAAGAAAAUGAGAGCACAUCAAACCAAACUUCUGACGAGGAAGGAAUUGUAACUGUAUCAAUUGAGAAUAGUCACCCAGAGCAAUCUGAGAAUAUGGACAAAGGUGUUGGUAGAAUGGAAAAAGAUAAGGGACUGGACAAAGCUUUGGAUGAAAUGGAGGGGAAGGAAGAAGGGGAAAAUAUGAAGCUUGCUAAAGCAACUGAUGAGACAUGGGAAAUAGAGGCUGAUGAAAAUCUUACUGCAGCUCAGUCAGCCUCCAUUCAUGAAGAAAAUAUUGGAAAACUGGAGGUAUCUCAAGAAUCUAUUGCUGACCAAGAAGUUGGGAAGUCAAGAACUGAAUGCAAAGUUGGAGAAAAGAAAUUGGAAGAGAUAGCAGUGGAAAAUCAUCUGGCUAAUGAAAAAACCAGAGCACCUCAAAUGACACCAGGAGACACAGAGCAUUCAGGGACCCAAUCAGGAAAGGUGGAUGACACUGUGACAGAGGCUGAUUACAGAAGGAGCACAGAAGCAGCUGAACCUGCCACGGUACAGGAAGCUGUAAAUGUGCAGAAUACUGCUCAGUGGAUUCAUAUUGGUCAAUCCACAGAAAGAAAAGAAAAGAGUCUUAACAAAACUCCCACAACUGUAGUGAAAGAUGCUGAAAGUAUGAGAAGAGAAACAGAGACAGAAAAAGAUUGUCUUAGAAAGAUAGAAGAGGAGGAUAGAGAAAGAGAAAGAGAAAGAGAAAAAGACAGAAUGGCUGUUGACAAAGCAAUGUUAGAGGCUGAGAGGGAGAGGGAAAGAGAAAAGGAUAGGAUGGCUGUUGAUAGAGUAACUUUUGAGGCUCGUGAUAGGGCAUAUGCUGAAGCUUGUGAGAGAGCAGAACGGACUGCAUUUGAAAGAGCAACUGUAGAAGCUCGAGAAAGAGCACUGGCUGUGGCCAGGGAAAGACUUGAGAAAGCGUGUGCUGAGGCUAGGGAUAAGUCAUACGUUGAUAAAGCAACUAUAGAGACCAGAUUGAAAGCAGAACGUGCUGCUGUAGAAAGAGCAACUGCAGGGGCUCAAGAGCGUGCCAUGGAAAAAUUGAAGGCUGAGAGGGCUAUAUUUGAGUCCAGAGAACGGUUAGAGAGAUCUGUAUCUGACCAGUUUGAUGUUUGUUUCAGAAAUGGUGGAAGACAAAACUCUGAUAUGCUGGAUAGACAAUUUCAGAGCUUUAGCUCUUCAGCAGGUUCGAGAUAUCCAUAUUCACUCUAUGGUGCUGCUUCUUUUUCUGAGAGAUCAGAAAGAGAAGGUGAAUCAGCUCAGAGGUGUAGAGCUAGACUGGAGAGGCAUCGCCGAACAGCUGAGCGUGCAGCAAAAGCUUUAGCAGAAAAGAACAUGCGUGACCUUCUAGCUCAGAAGGAGCAAGCUGAGAGAAAUAGACUAGCGGAGACUCUGGAUGCUGAAGUAAGGAGGUGGUCAAGUGGAAAAGAAGGAAACUUGCGUGCAUUACUUUCUACCUUGCAAUAUAUCCUUGGGCCUGAUUCUGGGUGGCAGCCAAUCCCAUUGACGGAGGUCAUUACUUCUGCUGCUGUAAAAAAAGCCUACAGGAAGGCCACCCUGUGUGUCCAUCCUGACAAAUUACAGCAACGUGGAGCAAGUAUUCCACACAAAUACAUAUGUGAAAAGGUCUUCGAUCUUUUGAAGGAAGCUUGGAACAAAUUCAAUUCAGAAGAGCGAUAG